AUGUUCACAAUGUUCUCCAGGCAUGCAGCCAACGCUGCCGCUGAAAAUGCACAACUCGCCAAACCAAGGUUAAGCCGCCUGGCACAGCUGGCUGCAGGAGCACUAACAGUGGGAGCUGUUGCUGUUGCCGCCAUGGUGGUUGCCUUUUCCAAGUCGCAAGAGCAAAGAAGGAGGGGAACAAGGGUAGUGUCUCAUCGUCAGCAGCUCAGAGCACAGCAACUGAGUCAACAGGAAUCCAGUGAGGGCGAUGAUUCUGACUUUUUUACGGAUUACGAAUCGGAAGAAGAUUUGGAACAGAGCUGGGAGGCAGCAAUUGAGGAAGCUGAGGUCGCAGAAGGCGAAGAGGUAUUUUAG